UAAUGUUCUUCAAAUGUGCAAGCCAAUCAUACCAUUCUUGUAUAAGCAUCACUAGGGGUCACCAACCCUACAAAUAUCUUUCUCUCCUCUCUUCCAUCUUCAAAAUUCAUUCCUAACACUUUGAUUGAGUAUAUUUCUUUGUCAAGAAGAUUAAGCAAAGAAAACAUAGCCAUAUCUGCAUUAAACAUGACCAUCACAAUGUCGUUUCAUCUGUUCUUCCUCUGCAUCACAAUGCCUCUCCUUGUAUUUUCUGAUGUGGAAAUGCAUUCAGGUCCUUCAACACAGAUUCUUCAUUCUAUUCAUGAAGACAAAAAUGGUUCCAUAACAGUGUCAGAAAAAGCAGAACAUGCACACUCCACCUCUAGAAAGUUUUGGUUUCAUGGUUCUUGCACAAAAAGAGACAUAAGCAUCUCACAAAGUAAAGGUACUACUUCUGGAAUUCCACAGUACAUUGUGCAAAUUGUCAACACUUGUGUUUCUGGAUGUGCUCCUCAUGAUAUCCACCUCCAUUGUGGAUGGUUUGCUUCUGCAAGAAUAAUCAACCCUAGAUUGUUCAAGAGACUCUCCUUUGAUGACUGCUUGGUGAAUGGAGGGAAUCCUUUGACUUCUAGCCAGAUUGUUAGAUUCACUUAUUCUAAUUCCUUUAUGUAUCCUCUUGCUUUUAAGUCUGCCAGAUUUUGUUGAGUCCAAAAUAUUAAGAUAU